AUGUACAGGGUUAAGUCACGAAAGAACCGGCCAGCAUCUUCCAUCGCCGCAGACAAAGAAGCAGGGCUUCCACUAAAUAAAGACAAGAAGGCAGAACUGUUUGCACGUGUUGGAGUUAUGGGCCCAACACUAUCGAUAUUGAGCGACCGCCUGGUUCAUUACCUAUGCCACCCGUUACACCCAUAUACAGAGGCGCUUGGCUUGCCAGAUGAAGCGUUGGAGGAGAGUUUACAAUAUGUGCUUGAUCAGUAUGUCAAUGUUGUCAUUCCUCCCCCACCUUCAAUCUGUCUGGACACUCAUGAUGACAGAGUCACCUUCGCAUCAAUGACCCUAGGACUCGAGGAACAUUGCUUUGUUUCUGGAAUGCAGGAACAGGACGUACGACUUUACCAGGAUAUGGUGCUAGAGGCUUCGGUGUCCAAGGUGUUUUGA